AUGGGUAAUCUUGCCUCCGCCUAUGAGAAUAGACCGACAAAGAAGGUUGCACCGGAACAUCUACUUGGAGAACUGCAUAACACGAGAUCUCAGUGGAGAGGUUUCAAAGUAAUAUCCGAAGAGUCAACUUUGGCACUUCAACAUCAGAAUCUCCUCGAUUGGCCCUUCAAAGCCCUCUUCCCGUACUUGGCAACGGCAGAUAACCUAGGGGAGCCAGAAAAGAACGUCACGUUUCAGCUGGGUAAAAUCGAUUCCAGAAACUGUCCCUUCAAUCCUCAAAUCUCGGUCCUUCCAGACCAGACGGGAGUAAAGAUACUUCUGGAUACGAAAUCAGGAUCCCUCGCAUCAAUCGGCCCCGGCGUGCCAUCCGCUGAAAACAGAAAAAGAUGCUAUUUGGCAAUCUCCUUCAGCGUCUCUCCUAAUCGCAGACUCACAUUCGGCUCGCUCAACAUCGAUGCCCCUACAGCGCUCGAGAAAGACGUCAAAGCAACUGUUUCCACGGAUUUUGCAUGGUCUGGAUUUGCUGGCGAUGUGCGCCUCUCCGAGCACGGCCUUUCAGGUCCACACGAUGGGUCAUGGAAAGUCAAUCAAACAGAUGAGAAACAGCAAUAUCAAUCUUAUUGUGCAAACUACAACGCAGAAGACACCACCUACGAUCUGGAAAUGCAUAUCCAGACGUUCUUCGACUUGAAGUCUAGCAAUCCGUCUGCGAGAGGCGAAAUUGCGAAGGAUGCCACUGUGGAGGAGAUUUUGCGUUUGUCGUAUGGCGCCCCUGACUGUCCGUACGCAUAUGAACAGACACCUUCAGCUCAGUCAUGCGAAAUUGACAGAGAAGGGGUUUAUUGGUGCCGUUGUCCUGGGGAGGAUCCUGUGUACAAGAGUCCUGGCAAGUGCGCUCAGUGGACAAAGUUUCCGCCUGACGGGAGAAUCUCCUACUAUUGA